GGCGGGACUCGUUCCCGGGAACCGAACCUGGAAUUCCCCGGCGGCAGUGGGGCUGUUGCUGUCGCUGUCGCUGCCUAUCGGUCUGCCGUCUCUUGUCGUUUCCCAGCGCUGCGCAGGACUUCUCCUGGCGGCGCUGCGGGUCCAGGUGGGGGUCGGCUGCCAGGCCCAGGUGAGGACAUUGCGGGAAGCCGACUGGGAGCCUUUUGUGCUGUGUGAGCGGCCCCAGGGACGCGCAAAGUCUGACCAGUCCUCCAUGUCUCUCACCCUCAUCCCAGGGGCUGAGGCUGGGCAAACGCCGCGAAACUAUCGCUCUUCGCCGCCUCGCUUCCGCGCCUGCCCACCCUGGGAAACGGAACCAGCAUCGCGGUAGGGACAUCCUCGCUAGGCCUGCCCGGACCAUUCCUGAGGGUGGGCCCUUUCCGAAGCCGGGACCGCUCCUGCUUGUCGGCAUCGCUCCCCGCAGGCCGACGUCGAGAGGGCCUGCUUUACUCCUCCUCUUUCUCCUCCUCCCGCGGCUUCUGCGCGGAGAGGCGUCGCCCGGGAUCUGGGUUUUGGAAGAAGGAUCUUUGUGGGAAGACAAGGCGAAUUUAUCAUAGAGGGAAUAACGAGGGAGAGGAGAAAGGUUUCCUAAAGACAAAAAAAUGGAGGAAUCCGUAAACCAAAUGCAGCCAUUGAAUGAGAAGCAGAUAGCCAAUUCUCAGGAUGGAUAUGUAUGGCAAGUCACUGACAUGAAUCGACUACACCGGUUCUUAUGUUUCGGUUCUGAAGGUGGGACUUAUUAUAUCAAAGAACAGAAGUUGGGCCUUGAAAAUGCUGAAGCUUUAAUUAGAUUGAUUGAAGAUGGCAGAGGAUGUGAAGUGAUACAAGAAAUAAAGUUAUUUAGUCAAGAAGGCAGAACCACAAAGCAAGAGCCUAUGCUCUUUGCACUUGCCAUUUGUUCCCAGUGCUCCGACAUAAGCACAAAACAAGCAGCAUUUAAGGCUGUUUCUGAAGUUUGCCGCAUUCCUACCCAUCUCUUUACUUUUAUCCAGUUUAAGAAAGAUCUGAAGGAAAGCAUGAAAUGUGGCAUGUGGGGUCGUGCCCUCCGGAAGGCUAUCGCGGACUGGUACAACGAGAAAGGUGGCAUGGCCCUUGCUCUGGCAGUUACAAAAUAUAAACAGAGAAAUGGCUGGUCUCACAAAGAUCUAUUAAGAUUGUCACAUCUUAAACCUUCCAGUGAAGGACUUGCAAUUGUGACCAAAUAUAUUACAAAGGGCUGGAAAGAAGUUCAUGAAUUAUAUAAAGAAAAAGCACUCUCUGUGGAGACUGAAAAAUUAUUAAAGUAUCUGGAGGCUGUAGAGAAAGUGAAGCGCACAAGAGAUGAGCUAGAAGUCAUUCAUCUAAUAGAAGAACAUAGAUUAGUUAGAGAACAUCUUUUAACAAAUCACUUAAAGUCGAAAGAGGUAUGGAAGGCUUUGUUACAAGAAAUGCCUCUUACUGCAUUACUAAGGAAUCUAGGAAAGAUGACUGCUAAUUCAGUACUUGAACCAGGAAAUUCAGAAGUAUCUUUAGUAUGUGAAAAACUGUGUAAUGAAAAACUAUUAAAAAAGGCUCGUAUACAUCCAUUUCAUAUUUUGAUCGCAUUAGAAACUUACAAGACAGGUCAUGGGCUGAGAGGAAAACUGAAGUGGCGCCCUGAUGAAGAAAUUUUGAAAGCAUUGGAUGCUGCUUUUUAUAAAACAUUUAAGACAGUUGAACCAACUGGAAAACGUUUCUUACUAGCUGUUGAUGUCAGUGCUUCUAUGAACCAAAGAGUUUUGGGUAGUAUACUCAACGCUAGUACAGUUGCUGCAGCAAUGUGCAUGGUUGUCACAAGAACAGAAAAAGAUUCUUACGCAGUUGCUUUUUCCGAUGAAAUGGUACCAUGUCCGGUGACUACAGAUAUGACCUUACAACAGGUUUUAAUGGCUAUGAGUCAGAUCCCAGCAGGUGGAACUGAUUGCUCUCUUCCAAUGAUCUGGGCUCAGAAGACAAACACACCUGCUGAUGUCUUCAUUGUAUUCACUGAUAAUGAGACCUUUGCUGGAGGUGUCCAUCCUGCUGUUGCUCUGAGGGAGUAUCGAAAGAAAAUGGAUAUUCCAGCUAAACUGAUUGUUUGUGGAAUGACAUCAAAUGGUUUUACCAUUGCAGACCCAGAUGAUAGAGGCAUGUUGGAUAUGUGUGGCUUUGAUACUGGAGCUCUGGAUGUAAUUCGAAAUUUCACAUUAGAUAUGAUUUAACCGUAAGCAGCAGCACGAUCCAGAGAUCCAUUGCCAUCAGUGAUCUCACUAAAAAUAUACAGCUACUUCCCAGCUAAUCCCCACCCAAUGAAUGAUGAUGGUAUAGUAUGUGUAUAAUGGAAAGUUACCUUACUGAAAAAAAAAAAAAAAAAGAAGGAAAAAUAAGAUGGGCCCAAAGGUCUGUCUACUAAACUAGCUCUUGGGGAAAUAGCUUCAGGAUACUGUAGUUUCCUCUAUCUGAUAGAGAACUUUUUGUUAAUAGAUACUGUAAAAUAGUUUUGCUUUGUUGAAUAAUACAUGUGUACUUAAAAGAGGUAAGAGCAAACAGUGUAAUUCCACAUCAUGUCACUUGAGAAGUGCUUAACGUUUUCUUAAACAUUUCCAUUGGGAAAGGACAGCUUUGAUAAUGUCCAAAUACUCUGAAAUGCACUAGACCAUGUAACUGUGAUGGAAUAUGAAACUCAUCUGUAAACUUUUAUACCAAGGGGGUAAAAAAAAAAAAAAAAAGACAUUUGAUUAAAUUAUGAAUGAGUUUUACAAAUUCCUGUCAGAGUUUUACUAAGAUCACACAACAGCUUUCUUAUUCAGUGAAAAAAAUAUUUUAUUUCUGAUGUUUUAUUUGGACUUGUAGAACGUGUUACCAUUAAUCAGAAACAUCAUGGCAACCCCUAAGAAUAGUUUGUGUUGGCUGAGGAAUUCUGUUUGGUUUGCUUUUUUUUGCUUUGUUAUAUUUUAUUGCCACAAGGGGUGUGACUUGAUAAUGAUUUCCUCUGAAUUAUAACAACAUAGCCAGAUGUAGUCUCACACUUUUUUUCAUACUCUUAAGUGAAAAUAACAUGAAAUGUUUCAAGCGCUUAACUCCCCCUCAUUCACGAAGUAUAACAAUUAAAAUCUCAGCUAUAACCAGUUUAGCUUUUUCCUUACUUUUAAAAUAAAAAUUUUUACUUUUAACUAUUUUUUUAGUCAAUAUUUUUAAAUUGUAUACAGGUCAAUGGCCUCUCUCUUUGUCCAUUAUUCAUUUCAUGGCAAAAUAUUCUUCUUUGAUAGUAUAAAUAAAUAAUAAAGCAAUCUAGGUCCUUCAGGUUUGAAAGGCAAUUUUUGAGUAGCAUAUUACCAGCUAGCCAAUCACUAGGAAUUUUUUUCAAUAUUAUUUGUAUAUAUUAAACUUUUCAUUACACUAAAGUGCAUUAUUUUCUUAAGCAGGUAUCCUUCAUUGUGAGGUUUAACAUUAAAGCAAUCUGUUGAAAUGCC